AUGUCGGAUAGUGAAGCCAAAGACACAUCUUUGGAGCAUAAAGAGGCAGUGGGAAGCUCUCUGAGCUCUUCAAAAACACUUAAUAAUGGAACUGAUACUCCUGUAGAGCGUCCAAAGGUGAGGGUAGAACCAAACACAGAAUCGAGGGCUGCAGUUCCUCGUUUAAAUAGUCAAAUGAGAAUGGAUAGUAAAGUGACCAUUCGCAGAAAGAAAUCUAGGUUACCUGGUAAACUACUUGAUGACGGAAGACGUGUGCUUAAGGAGAAAGAGUGUUACGACAAACUUGGGUUUUCUUUUCCAUGGUGGAAAAAAUGGAUGAUUUUAACCGUUGUAUUCUGGGUUCAAAUGUCGAUGAACUUCAAUACAAGUGUUUAUCCGUAUGCUAUCCCGUUGAUUGCAGAAGAGUUUAGUGUUAGCCAACAAGCUGCUCGUGUAUCACAGAUGGUUUUCCUUGUGGCAUAUGCCUUUGGAUGUGAACUUUGGGCUCCUUGGAGUGAAGAAUAUGGUAGAUGGCCCAUAAUGCAAAUGAGUUUGUUUCUUGUUAACAUCUGGCAAAUUUUAGGUGGAUUAGCGCCUAACUUUGGCUCAGUUAUUGUUGCACGUUUCUUGGGUGGUCUUUCUUCAGCAGGAGGCUCAGUAACAUUAGGAAUGACUGCUGAUAUGUGGGAGGCCAAUGAUCAAGGGUUUGCGAUUGCAUAUGUUGUUUUAUCAUCUGUUGGAGGAACUAGUAUUGGACCAAUUUUUGGUGGUUUGAUGGAAACUUAUCUUAGUUGGCACUGGAGUUUUUGGAUUCAGUUGAUCUUUGGUGGUGUUGUUCAGAUAGCUCACUUUUUCUUGGUUUCGGAAACAAGGGCGACGAUAUUAGUGGAUCGUGAAGCAAAACGUCGUCGUAAAUCUGGAGAAGAUGACAAUAUUUGGGGACCUGAGGAAGUAAAGGAAAAUCGUUUAUCACCAAAAGAAAUCUUGCGUAUAUGGCGUCGUCCUUUUGAAAUGUUUUUAAAGGAACCGAUUGUUCUUUGCUUAUCUCUUCUCUCUGGGUUUUCGGAUGCCUUGAUUUUCAUUUGCAUGGACUCGUUCACUUUAGUUUUCGCUCAAUGGAACUUCUCGACUAUUGCUACAGGUUUAACAUUCGUUGCAGUGGUAGUUGGUUACUUGAUUGCCUAUUGUGUACACAUGCCAGAUAUAUAUCGACAAAGGCAUAUUAUAAAAACUGAGGGUGACGAUGCAAGGCUAGCAGAGAGAAGAUUAUUACUUCUUUUAUACAUUGCACCAUUGGAAACGAUAGGUUUGUUUGGAUUUGCUUGGACUUCUAUGGGACCACAUUAUAAUCCCUGGAUUGCACCGUUGAUUUUCGCCUGUUGCAUUGCUAUCGCUAAUUAUAGUAUCUACAUGUCGACUAUUGAUUAUAUGGUUGCGGCUUAUGGUCCAUAUUCCGCGUCUGCAACGGGAGGAAAUGGGUUUGCCCGUGAUUUACUUUCAGGUGUCUCUGCGAUGUAUUCUACGCCAAUGUAUACCAACAUUGGUCACAAGCGUCAUCUCCAGUGGGCCAGUACAAUCCUUGGCUGUAUCGCUAUAAUUGUUGCAUUGCCUAUUUAUGUAUUUUACUGGAAGGGACCAUACAUUAGAGAUAAAAGUAAGUUCGCUCAGACUUUAGCUGCUGAUCGUAAGUUGACAGAUAUUGGAAGUGACAGUGAAGAAGAAGUUGAAGUGACUGAGGAAGAGGCAGAAAAAGAAGCUGCUGCCCGCAGGGAACAAGAAAUGGCAAAUAAAGUUUAG